AUGGAUAUCCCGCUGCUGCCACUUGGCGAUGGGAACAAGAUCCCCCUGCUUGCCUUUGGCACAGGGACCGCGUGGUUCAAAGAAGGCGAUGCCUCGUUCGACCAUGAUCUCGCAGAAAUGGUCAAGACGGCCCUGCAAAAGGGCUACCGUCAUCUGGACUGUGCCGAAAUGUACGGCACGGAGGAGGAAGUCGGCGUGGCGAUCCAGGCGGCCGGCGUGCCGCGCGAAAAACUCUUCAUCACCAACAAAGUAGCCCAGAGCAUAGAUGAUAUCCACGCCGCCGUCGAGAGAAGCCUUGCGAGGAUGAAGCUCGACUAUUUUGACCUGCAAGUGCCUACCUUGACCGGCUGCGGCCUCGGUGUACUAAUGGCGGCCAGGUAUCUGAUCCACGUCCCGUUCUUCGCCAAGUCCGACGACGACCUGCAGCGAGCCUGGAAAUCGAUGGAGGAGAUCAAGAAAGCCGGCAAGGCCCGGUCCAUCGGCGUCAGCAACUACUUGCGCGCUGAUGUCGAGGCGACGUUGCGGGGAGCGUCCGACCCGCCCGUGCUCAACCAGAUCGAGUAUCACCCGUAUCUGCAGCGCGCGAACGACUACGUGCCCUGGCUUCGCGAGAGCGGUAUCCAGGUCGGCUCGUUCAAGGGCCUCACGCCCGCGUUCCGCUGCCCGGACGGCCCUUUGCGCGAACCGCUGGCCAACAUGGCCACGGCGCACGGGACGACGCCGGCAGUCGUCCUCCUGGCGUGGGCUAUGCAGAGCAGCGUCGUCACCGUCACGACGACGACACGGCCGGAAAGACUGGAGGAGUAUGCGCGGGCGCUGGAGAUUACGCUGACAGAGACGGAAAUGGCGGCCAUUUCGGAUAUUGGUCGCGGCUAUCACUUUCGUACCUCGUGGCCGGAGCACUUCGCGCCGGAUGAUCGGUCCUAA